AUGAAGCAGGAAAGAGAUGUAGAAUAUCUCUUGUUCAGUAUUCUCACCAUAAUCGUAGUCGGGACCAUUUUUGGCAACCUCUUGAUAAUUAUUUCAAUCGCUUACUUCACCAAACUGCAGACUUCAACCAACGCCUUUAUACUGUCACUGGCUGUUGCAGAUUUCCUGGUUGGCAUCAUUGUGUUGCCCAUUAGCAUGACCAAGGUGGUGUUUGGAUGGCACUUUGGGAAGACUUUUUGUAAACUCCACACAAUCAUGGAUGUGAUGCUUUCCACGUCAUCCAUCAUGAACCUCAGCUGCAUUGCCUUCGAUCGAUUCUAUGCCGUGUGCUACCCUUUGAAGUAUCGAUUCAGGGUGUCUCAGAAGAGAGUGACAGUCCUCCUUCUGAUCUGCUGGAUUCUGCCUGCUUUGGUGUCAUUUGUGCCCUUGUUGCUGGAUGUCCAUUUGAAGGGAUUAGAAGCCAUUCUUUCACAGCUUGAUCCAUAUGGGUGUGUGUUUAUUGUCAAUAUUCCUUAUGCUGUCUCUGCCUCCCUAAUCUCCUUCUACCUUCCCAUGCUAAUAAUGCUAGUGGCAUAUGGAAAAAUUUUCCAAGUAGCCAGGAUCCAAGCCAGGCAGAUAUAUAGCAUUGAGCAUGGUUUCCAGGGAAGAAGCACAGUGAUGACAGGUCAAAGUUCUUCUAUGAAGAAAGAAAGGAAAGCAGCUAAAACUCUUGGCAUCAUCAUUGGGUGUUUCCUUCUCUGUUGGUUGCCAUUCUUCAUUACCAAUAUAACUAACCCUUUGCUUGGAUACCCAGUGCACCAUAUUAUUCUUGAAGUUUUUUUGUGGCUGGGUUAUGUUAAUUCAGCUCUUAAUCCUAUUUUAUAUGCUUCCUUCAAUAAAUCUUUCCGGCGAGCUUUCUGUAUGAUAAUUGGCUGUAAGAUAUUGAGGAGUAAUUGCCAAAAUAACAAUUUGUCAGGCACCACCAGGCCCAGGGAAUUAUCAAACCAAUUAUUAAUCCAUUGUCAAUAA